GACGGGAAUGCUCGCAGGUCACGGCUCCGGGCUCUCCAUCGGCUGCAGCGGGCAGUCGCAGGCUUCCCCCGUGAAGGCCGGCGCGAGGCCCUGGAGACGAUGAGUCCAGAAACCAGGGCAGCACUGCUGGCCUUCAUGGAGUCCCGUGCAAUGGCACCGCCGCAGGUGCGGAGGCAAGGGAAACAUGGGACACCCAAGAAGUCUCAAAGGUCCACAAAGAGUAUGCCCACGCGUGGCUUUCGGGAAGCUGCGGGCGUGGGCCGCAAGGGUGGGGGCUGGACCGCAAAGCUUUGUGUGACCCCGCACCUGUACGUGUGUUCGCGCUGCUUUGCAACCCCUCUGCUCGCAGGGAGGAUGCUGAAGGUCUUGCAGCGUGCCAGGGACCUGGCCAGCGGCACAGAAGGCCUCGUUAAAAAGGCUCUGGCAGAUGCUUGCCACGAGCAGAGCACAGAGCUUGAGGAGCUGGCACCCUCCUUCUUUGCUUACGUGGAUGCCACGAAGCUCAUAGGAUCUGCGGUCUGCUCACGGUCUAGCACCUGCCUGGAUGAAGCCAUCCAUCAUCGCAAUCUGCUUUUGGCUGGCCGCGCUGGUGGCUGGAGCCAUUUCCGUGAGGCUUGGCUACAUGUCUUGCAAUCACCAGUGCAGCAGCGGAGCUUUGAGCUGCAGAGGCAGCAACAAGUGGCUAUUGUGCGCCGGAAGCGCUUGUCGGAGGCUGUGCGUGCUGUGGAAGCCAUCCUGAAGUGUGAGGGCCAAGGCUACGCGGCCCAGCCUGGCAUGAACCAGAUGUAUGGCCAGCAAAACUACAUGGCUCCUGGCGGUUACAUGGGCCAAGGUCAGUUCGGGCAGCCGGGGUAUCCUGGGCAGAUGGGGAUGCCUGGCCAACCGGGCUAUCCUGGCCAACCCGGCAUGCCUGGCCAGCCAGGGAUGCAACCUCAAGAUAUGCAGCCUCAAUUCAAUUUCCGCACGUCUGUGCGCUGCUUUAUGGAGAUCGCUGCCAUCAUCCAGGGCUUCUCACUGAUCCUGAUGAUGGGCAAUGGCUGGGUCCAGGAGAUGGGCUCCAAUGAAGAGCAACCCUUGAGGCGCUUCGCCGUAUGGAUCGGCAGCUCCCUCCGUGGGAUCUUCUCUUCACUGCUGCCCUUCCUAUCACGCAAGAAUCGCUCUUUAGAUGACAUUUGGGAGAUGGAGACAACACCGAAGCGGCCCACCCGAUGGUGGGUGGUUCUGGGCUGGAUCUACUUUGCCGCAUCUUUCUUGCAGGAGUGGAACACGUACCAGCGCGUACGAAACCGGUCUGUGAGAGCUGAGCUGACAACUGUACCAAGGCCUCUAAAGGCUGCAGAGGGCGAUGCCGCGGGCGGGCGAGGAUCGGCCAGUGGCAGCAACCUCCUCGACUUCUAUUUGCAGAAGCAGCAGGCAGUUCUGGUCAAGAAGCCGGACACGUCGAACCUGCAAGCUUCUCUCAACCCCUGGGCCAUCACUUGCUUUCUGCUGCCUUCUGCCUUUGAUCCGGGCCUUUGGGCAGCCAAGGCCAUCCACUUGUUAGUCAGAGCGUUCAGCCGACGUCCUGACCACCUGUACGAGGUGACCACAGACCGGGAGCAUGAUGAGCCACCGCGGCUUCUGAAUUUGCGGAACCCGGAUUUUCAGCCACAUUCUUCCAGCUUCCUCAGAAGUGCCCCAAGGCAGGACAAGCUGCGAGGAUAUCUGGAUCUUCCAAACGCAUCAACUGGAAAUGCUUCCGACCCGGCCUUUGUUCCCAUGGACGAGCAGCUGACUCCACAUGGAGCCGAGCGGGCCAAGCCGGAAGAUAUCUUCGAAGAGCCCAGAAAGGUCAUGGGAGUCGCCCUGAAUGGUGAAAGCGACAUGCGAACGCUCAACACUUCCCUGAUCCUGGGUGUUGCCGGCGCAGUAGGAGUGAUCAUCACCUUUGUUGUGCUACAAGUUCUUCUCCCGCAAGUCUAUCAGCGACCCAAGAGCAAACCCAGCAAGGAAGAUUCCACGGAAGAUUAUCACCUGCAGGUGUCUUCUGGGAUGCGCUGGCUCGACUGCCUUUGGAAAGUAUGGAGCACAACGCCGGAUGACGAGGUCCGUUUGGCGGGGCUCGAUGGCUGGUCUCUGCUGGAGUUUGUGCGGCUCAACCUGCGCAUCAUGUCCAUCCUGGGGCCGUUCAUGCUUGCGGUGCUUCUUCCACUGCACUUUGUUGCCAGCCGCGAGUCCCACAAUACGCUGGAUUUCCUAAGCCGCCUUGACAUCGGCAACCUGCCCAGGAACAGCUGGAUGCUCUGGUUCCAUGCAGCGGUUGUAUGGUUCGUCGUGACGAUCAGUGCUUGGCAGAUCAAGCUGGCACAUGACGGAUUCACCGAGCGACGGUAUCAAUGGCUGGCAACCUUGCCGAGGCCUAGAUCGACGACAGUCAUGGUCCGGAACAUCCCGCCCAUGUACCGCUCUGAUAGCGCGCUGAAGGAGUACUUCGACACAGUCUUCAGCGAAGAGUCCAUGCACACGGUGGAGCGCGCCUAUGUUAUCCGCCGGACAGGCAGGCUGCCGAAGAUGGUAGAGCAGCUGAAGGCUGCUAGGUACGAGGCUGCAGUGCUCUCCAAUCGCAUGAACAAGGCGAGGCAAGAGGGCAAGACCGAUGAUGGGGGCAUAGAGAUGGAGCUGGAGAAGCACAGGCUGGCCAUUGGAAACCUCAGGAGUCGUGUUGCUCGGGAACAAGCUGCGAUCGAAGCAGCAGCACAGGGCCCACGUCCAGACCAGAAGGUGGGAUCAUCGUCGGGCUUUGUGACAUUCACGACCAUCUUGUCACAGCGUUUAGCAUCGCGGGAGCAGUGCACUCGCGAUGUGCAGGCUUUCAGGAUGUUCAUGGCACCAGACUCCAAUGAUGUCCUGUACGAGAACCUUGCAGAAGAUGACAUCAAUGCGUCUUCCUGGAAAUGGCUCGGCCGCCUUGCCCUUGUUGCAGUAUUCUUGUUUUGGAUUCCUAUCGUGGUGGCGAUCUCUGGCUGGACCACUUUGAGCUCUAUCCAGGGAACAGUGCCCAUUGUCAAGAAGUUUGUGGAUGCGCAUCCUGCCAUCGGCAAUCUUCUCUCUGGAGUACUUGCCACAGCCACGUUGAAGAUGUUCAUGGCUUUCCUGCCAAACGUGCUGCACGCAAUCAUCACCACUACCUCCCACCUCAAGGCCGGCAGCGUUGAGCAGCUGAAGCUGCAGCAGUGGUCUGCCGCCUUCCUGCUGCUUUUCGUGGUGCUGGUGACCUCACUAGGACGAGGCCUUACCAUCACCUUCAUCAUCAUCAUGCAGGCCAAGUGGUUCUUCUACCGCAAGGUCUGUGCCUUUGAGGAAGAGGAAGCCAAGCAGUACUCCGAACCAGAAGACAUAGCAUACUACGGCCUGGGUUCCAGAAUGGCUCGAUCAGUCCUGAUGGCUUCGAUUUUCUUUCUGUUUGCCUCGUGCUCCCCUUUGAUCUUCGUCUUCACCUGGGUCUAUUUCUUCCUGGCACAGUUUGUGUACGGCUACCUUCUGUUGUUCUGUGAGAGCAAGAAGCCUGAUACGGGUGGAAUUUUCUGGGUCCAGGCCAUGGACCAGAUGUUUAUUGUGCUGGCAAUCUACGUAAUGCUUAUGGUGGGCGUCCUACGAGCCCUCACCAAGGAGGACAUUUGGCUGGGCCCUCCUGCGGCUGCACUAUCGUCCCUGCUAGUCCUCUACAUGGCAAGGCGCGAGGUGAACAACCUGGCCUUCGAAACAUUGCCUUUGGAGGAGGUUGUUAAAGCCUUCCGGGAGACGAAGGAGCUUCAGCGCGGUAAAAGGUACAUCCAGCCUGAGUGCGACCCAAUGUUGGCCUACAGCUAUGUGGAGCUGGGCAACAGGCUAAAGGCCAUCGUCGGAUCUGACCCGGAGUGCGACAAGGCUGGAGCUGCCCUCUGCGUAAACGUGGGCAUGUGCCACGAGAGGAAAGAUUUACCUGGACUGGCACACUUCCUGGAGCACAUGCUCUUCACGGGCACAACAAAAUAUCCCAAAGAAGGCGAGUACCACGAGUUCAUGAGCCAGAAUGGAGGCAUGGCCAACGCAUAUACGAUGUGCUACUUCACGUGCUACAUGUUCGAAGUGAAGCCAGAGGCCCUUGUGGAGGCCUUGGACCGGUUCUCGCGCUUCUUCACAGAGCCAUUGCUGACGCGGGACUGCACGGAGCGCGAGAUCAAUGCAGUGGACUCAGAAUUCCAGGGUGGCCAAACCUCACCUUGGUGGAGGUACGUUGGCAUCAUGAACAUGAGCGCGAACCCGGAGCAUCCCUUCCACGUUGCAGUAGGCAACAACAAGGUGCUGCUCGAAGAGCCGAAGGAGCGGGGCAUCGACCUCUACGAGGAGAUGAAGAAGUUGUACGAGUCCACGUACUCAGCAAAUGGAAUGACGUCAGGACCUCACACUGGAGUUCUCACAGAUGCAAGACAAUGUUGGUUGUCAGAGUAA